UUGCGUUGCAAUUUGCGUGUUGCAUUGCAGUAGUACAGUUCAAGUUCGAGCGAGACUCGCACUUCGCUUCGCUUCGCUACUUGUUAUGUUAGUUAGUUAUUGUGUUAUUGUUGCAGCCUUGCAGUUGCAGUUUGCUGAAGCAGUACUGCAUUAGUUAGUAAUUAUCUGCAUGCAAUGCCACAGAAAACAUACUAAGUUAUUAAACCGCAUUAUUUGCAUUAAUACCAAACCAACCGGAACCAAGUUAGUCAGUGUCGGUGCCUGGGCCUGAGUCUGGCCUCAUGCCAUAGGAUUCAUGGAUUGACCAAUGACCAUUCGUAGUCAAUGCUGAUGCCUACAGUGUUUACCUAGUUAAAUUGGAUAUAUAUGUGGAACAAAAAAAAACCAAGACAUCAUCAUUGAGAGAAAAAUAAGUCUGAAGGUGUUGCCCAUCAGCAUCAACACGUCAAUUAUAUAAAUGUGAAACAAAAUAACCAGGACAACAUCAGUGAGAGAAAAAGAAUAAGAACAAAUCAGAAGGUGUUUCCCAUCAGAAUCAGUACGUCAAUUGUAAGCACCUUAAUCAAACCAAUUCAAUUAUUUCAAAGCCAACGAGCAAAAAGCCAUAGUAUUAGAGAUUAUAAACCACAUAAAUAUUAGCAAAUGAUGUCCACAUAAAUUGUUAGAAUUGUUUAAGUACAAGACCGCAUAAAAAAAUGAACGAUUCACAAUUACCAAGUCGUGUAAAAUAUUGGCUUACAGAAGCAAAACAUGACUGUUUCUUUGUCCUUGGCUGUGAUGGUAGCCCAGAGGUAAAGAUUGGAGCCAUUAGAGAGAUUCUAAAGGGUUGUAGUAAACCUUUAAGAUCCAUGUUAGGCGUUGGCAAAAUGGCUGAAAAGGGUGAUGUCCGAGUGACUGAUGUGGAACCAGAAACAUUCAGAAACUUUUUAAUUUGUAUCUAUGGAGCAAGUCAUCUAUUAAUACCUAAGCUUACUUUUCAGGAAAAGGCAAAACUUCUCUAUGUUUAUGAAAAGUACUUGGUAGAUGAUUUGAAGAAUGAAUUAAUUAAAGAUAUGAAAGAUACACUUUCAUUUGAGAACAUAUUUGUUGCUCUUUCCCACCCAGUCUGUUGUAUAACAACAAGUCUCGAGAGCAAAAUGGCUUCAAUUGUGAGGUAUAAUCUAGCAAGAUUAGUAAGUGAUGCUAGAUUUUUGGAGGUGAAUAACAGUGGAAUAACAUGGAUCCUGCAAUUAGACUAUAUUCCAGUUGAAGAAAUUGAACUCUGGCAUGCAGUUUUGAAAUGGGCCAAAUCCAAAACCGAUUCAUUGGAUGGAAAUGUUCAUCGGCAGUGCAUUUUUGACUUUUUUAAAAACAUUCGUUUUUUGACAAUGAAAAACAAUGAAUUCUGGAAUGAGGUUGUUUCUACAGAAAUUCUUAACAAAGAAGAAAUACAUGCUAUUUGCAGUUCGUUUGUAUCAGGCAAUCCCCAUGACAUAGAAUAUUUGAAUACAGUUACAAGAAAUCGCUCUGAUAGAUAUCCCCCAUCUCACUGUAUAAACAGUUGUCAGUAUCUUUGCAAUCCUCAUUUAACACAUCUUAGUAUCUCUGUUAGUUUGGCAAACCUUGAGCAGGGGAAAAGACAAUAUUCUCAAUCUCAUCCCUGGGCUGGGCAUUUUUGGUAUCUCUCGGUUCGUAGGAAAAGGGUGCAAAAGAAUAAUGAGUAUUUUCAAGUUUAUGUUAGUUGUAAGGGUAAAACUGAACAAUUUAACUGUCCUAGUGAUGUUGAGAUCACACUCCUAAAUCAGUGUGGAAAAUCUGAUGUAACCCAGAAGUUUACUGUAACGUUUAGUCCCUCACAACCAAACUCUGGGUUUUAUAAGUUUUAUAAGUGGGAUUCUCUACUCGAUGAAAAUAAUGGAUUUGUUAAAGAAAACAGUGCAAUUGUAAUUGUUAAAAUACAAAAAAAGUGUGUAAACUAGUGCCUGUUGGUUAAAAACAAUGGCGCUAGUUACUCUUAGUUGGACAUUGACACAGGUUAAUGAGAGUAAAUGAACAUUUAUUCCUUUGCUUUAUAUCUUGUCCUGAUUAAGGACCAUUACAUGUAAUUGAAUCUACAAUUUUAUUUUGGCAACAACCCAGGUUUCUUUAAGCAAACUAGAUGAUGCUGAUGCUUGCUGCCUAUUUAUCAUUGAAUUUAGUCUUAUUAUGUUAACAAUUUCAUUAUUGAUUGAUCCAAUACAACAUAAUGUACCGGUAUUAUAAUUUAAUGUAAUGGUGUUUACUGUCCCUAACACUAUUGUUUAAAGCUAACACUUAAUUAUGCAGUGCGUUUUUAAACGAAACACAAAGAUUGAUUUUCUUAACUCUAAAUGUUGUCAGUAAACCAAAAGGAGUGUUGUUUAUUUACUUGUAUGUACUUGUUUGUAGGUACUUGUUUAAAGUUUACAGUUGUAAGAAAGUGUCAUAGUGUUUCGAGACCUAGAACCUGAUGUGUUCUAUAUGUUGUAAGAGGUGUAGAGGAAAACAAGACGAGGAUAAAAAAGGAUAGUGCUGGGAAGUUACAAUUUGUGAACUAUUUUUUUUAACUUCUAGCGCAUAAUAAAUAUUAGCUAUUCUUCUGUCAUUCUGGAUCCUACCAUACCUCAAAAUGGGGAUUCCAUAUCAUAAAAUGUCGUAAAACUAUUGCUAAGUUGUGUUUAAUUAGAUACUGACAAAAAUAACACCUAUUGUUUUUAUUAAAUUGUUUUACAUUUGUAAUAUAAACUACAGUUUAUUGGGUGAAUGUAUGUUGUUUUAAAUAAUAAAUUUUACUGUUCAAAAAUCAAAGUAGCAUAAAAUACUGUCAUUUUACAAUAAUUUAAUAUGGUUACAGUUUAAACUAUGAUCUAAGAGUAAAUCGUUUGAAGAUCUCUUGAGUGUAAUAGUUUCCUGACAUUGAACAUUUUAAGUAAGCUUUGUCAAACAGCCCGUUUAGACUCAGAUGCUGUAUCAAAGUUAUAUCAGUCUUAUCUGAUAAUAUGGUCUUUGUUCUUAUCUAUUAAUUAUUCGGAGACUAACACUAACUUCAUUUGGUUCUAUGUGAUGAAAUCAGGAGAUGUGUAAAUGUCCAAGUGGUAACUAUUAUGUUUUGGUAAGCUUCCAUAAAUACUGUGUAACUGUGUGUUGUGUGUAACUGUUAAUGUUCUGUGUUAACUGUGUUUCAAAAAGUAAAUGUUGUCAAUACUUUAAAGAUAACAGCAGAGGCAAAGUGCUGUAUUUAAGUGGCAUUAAAGAUGGAUUGUUUUGUUUUGUGUGAUACACAAACAUUAUAAUUAUGAUAGUUAUUUGAUGCUGGGUCUUUAUUGUUAUGAUGAUUUCUGGUUAUAAAUUUCAUAAAUAUUUGUUUAAAACAUAGCUAAUGUAGAAAUAACAAUCAGCAACAGUGACAUAAAAUUUUAUGUUUAUUGUUAUUCUAAUUAUUGUAUACUCAACUUUUGACUUUUUAUCUACUAUUAGUGUUACAUUUUGUGUGUAAUAAAAUAACACUUAAAAAUGGU